GCGAGCUACAGUCAAGGGCAAUGGCUACGGCUCCAACAAGCACGCUGCAGGCGCAUUACUCGCCCGCAGAUGAUACCUCGCCAAGCAAUGGUGGCGAUAGGUACGACGAAGAGGCAUGGAGUAUUGAAGACGAAGACGUGGACGGCGACGAGACACGCAAGCGCAAGCGACCAAAGACUGACCGCCCAGUUUCUGUGAGCUGCGAGAGGUGCAAAGAACGUAAGGUCAAAUGUGAUCGUGGUAGGCCGUCAUGCGGCUGGUGCACUCGUAAUGGGCAGACGUGCGAGUACAGAGAGCGUAAGAAGCCAGGACUGCGGGCUGGCUAUGGUCGGGAGCUUGAAGCGCGGCUGGACAAGAUGGAAAAUGUGCUACAGAGCCAACAGCGUGUGCUCCAGCAACUUGCAAACCAUUUGUCCUCCACCGACGCUGCAUUCCAUGCACUUGGCACACCUCCAGGACCGCAUAUAGCUCAACAUGUAUCGCAACCCGAGACGGCUCUCUUCUUGCAAACCCCGAAUCUGUACCACCAACCAUCAAACAGCUCACGCUUCAGUGAGCUUGGCAAUAACGACCUCGGGCCGUCGAAGCAGAGCUUGCAUCUCCAACACCGUCCCACGCAACCGUCCGUCAGCCUGCCUACAGUGCCCUCACCAAUGGAUGGUUAUACAUCAAGUGACCCCCACCUAGAGUCGCCGAGUCUGAACACCACCGGAGCACCACAGCCGACUCUGGCCAAUGCCGCUAGCUUAACGGGCGCCAUUGCUCAAGACCAAGACUUUCCGCCAUACGAUCUACUGUAUGCGCUUACCGAUCUCUACUUCAAGCACAUCAAUACCUGGUGUCCUAUUCUGCAACGGCGAACCACGCUGGACUCCCUGUUCGGCCCUGCGACAUUGGAAGAAGCCGAUCGCAUUCUGCUGCACGCAAUUGUAGCAACUACACUCCGCUUUUCGAACGAUCGGCGCUUGACUGAGCAGUCUAGAGAGCGCUAUCACUCCGUGUCAAAGCAGAGGGUACUCUUCUAUGGUCUCGAAAACAGUUCGGUCAAAGCUUUGCAGGCUCUGGUGAUCUUGGCCCUCGACAUCUUAGGCAGCUCAAACGGCCCGCCUGGCUGGAAUCUGUUGGCUUUGAUAACAAGGAGCGUCGUUCAACUGGGCUUAGCCGUUGAAGCGACUUCUGCAUCUGUGGCCCCGAUGUAUCCCUCCAUCUACACCCUGCGAGCAAUGGUGUUGCCAGAGCCCAAAUCUUUCAUCGAGGACGAGGGCCGAAGACGCCUAUUCUGGAUGGUUUACCUGCUCGAUCGCUACGCUACCAUCUCGACGGCGUUUGAGUUCGCACUUGAUGAUAAGGAGAUCGAUCGCAAGCUUCCCUGUCGUGAUGACCUCUGGGCCCUCAACCAGCCUGUCGAUACCCGCUGGUUCCCUAUCGGCGAGCGACCGGACUAUCCAGAGAACCUAGGCUCUUUCAGCUACUACGUUGAGAUUAUAGGGAUCCUCUCGGAGAUUCACCGCUUUCUGAAGAAACCGGUGGACAUCAGCGCCCUAUCGGAUGUGGAGCAAUGGCAGCGUGAUUACAGACGGCUCGACAGCCGCCUCAAUGCAUGGAAAUUUAGCCUACCUAAUGAAUAUGGCAACCUGUCGCGCGUCUUCAACUCGGGCGGUGGCAAUAAGAUCGUCAACUGUCUCUGGAUAAUGCUCCAGACAACGUAUCAUACUGCCAUCAUCCGUCUGCACUCUUCAGCCGCCUACCCAACGACCAGAUCGCCAAUAUUCACCCCGUCAUUCUCCGCCAGUCAGCGCUGCAACACUGCCGUAGAGGACAUUAUGUCACUGUCCGCCUACGUACGCGCUAAUGGAAUGCUGAUGCAGCUCGGUCCGCCGUUCGCUUUCAGCUUGUGGGUCGCGGCAAGGCUACUGCUUGUUCAUGGAAGUACGAUUGAUCACCGAGUCAAUCCUGCCAUCCAUCCACUGGUCGAGACACUGAGGGAGUUGGGCACUUAUUGGAAGGUUGCGGAACGCUACGCCACGCUGCUGUCGCGCGUCUUGGAGGAGUACUCCGAAUCAGAGCGUGCACCUGUUGGCGCUAACGGCGUACGCGAAACUCCGUCGACCGUUCGUAUCCUUGCUGACAUGCGGCGCACCGCGUUCGACCUCGACUUUCUGAUCUCGAGACAGCCCAGGCAGCAAUUUGGCGCAAAGUCGCUCAACCCAACGCCUCGCGUACGAACGCCUGCGCCGAACGAACUGGAGUACCUUGACGUGUUUGAUUUCUUCAACGUGCCAAGACUGCCGUUUCCGGCACCCAGCGAAGCUAUGCCAGGCACUGACGCUGGUGUGAAUGGUGACAGUGGGUACCAAGGAGUCGGAGACGGUAGUAUGAGCAACGAGUUCAACAUCACCAACUUCAUGAUGGACGCAAACUCGGAUUGGUUCAUGAAGAACCCGACUUCAGUCUAGCUUAGUUCAAACAAAGUCGUGCUGUUGGUGUCAUGUUACAUCCCUUUCGAGCAAACUCAUAGCUCGACCUCUUCCGGUACAUUGGGGUUCACAACGACCUUCUCAAUCAACUGCAAUGUUGUCCUUA